UUCACACGCGUUCCUUAUUAAUGGGAGGCGAACGUUACGUGAGUCUACGAUUGGUGGUUCAUUCGCUCCAUUUUUCAUACUGCAGAAAUAUAAAAUAUGUACUUUGCGACCAAGUAUCUUUAUAAUUGAAUCACUUUGUGUACAUUUCAAUGUUAGAGUUAAUUUAGCGACUUAAAUUAAAGCACAUAUACUAAACGUGAGCUCGUGUUCCAAAAGAAACCCAUAAACUAUAGUUAAUGCAAAGAAUGAAAGUGCAAACAUAUACAUACACACCAAAGUGAAAAAUACCCACACAUCGGUAUAUGUAUUUUAGUGAUGAAGCGAAUUAAAAAUUGCAAUUCAAUUGAUAAUGAAAUACAUGCAUAUGUAAAAAAUACACAUGUACAUUGGUUGUCGCACUAAAUAGCGCAUAAAAGUUGGAAAAAAAUUAAAAAUGCAUAAAUUGGCCAGUGGGCCAAGGCCCAGCUCUGUUAAGACUCAAAUAUCACGCAAUGAUAUAUUGGAUAAACUAAUUUUUACCUCGGAGCACUGUCAACACUUUUAUGUGGAUGAGGGAACGUUGCAUUGUGCGAGCCCGCAGCAAGCAACCACCCUCUCUUCUCAGACUGUAUGGAAUCAAUGAGACGCAGUGAGGUGAACGUUAGCCACCACCCGAAUAAGGUGGCCACUAAUAGCAGCGUAGUUACGGAAAGCACUAAGCACAACAAGUUGGUAGGAAGCAGUAGUAGUACGCCGAUUUCAGCUGCUUCUAACUUAAACAAGAAACUGAAUACGUCUUCUCAUAAGCAACAUCAAUACCAAAAUAAUACGAAACACAACGCAAACAGAAAAGUGGCAAGUUCAAGAAACCUUGGCCCAACAAAAUCAAAUUUACCACAAUCAAGCGAAGGAGUUAGUGUCAGCGUUAAGGGUUGGAGUUUGCCUAAACCAGCAGGGAAACCCCUUCAUGUAAGUGCAACUAAAGAGGGCCCACUGUCGUCGGUGACAGCAUAUUGCUCAUCCUCCACUCCCAGCGAAGCCACGAAGGAUACGAACGCGAAUUUCGAGUACGAAGACGAAUGGGACAUUGGUGGCAUUCCAGAGUUGUUGGAUGAUCUAGACGCAGACAUUGAAAAAUCAUCUACUGCAGCUCAAAAUUUAUCGAAAGUAAACAGUUCUGGUGGUGGCAAAAGUGAAUUUGAAGCAAUCACAAGUACCCUUAAAUCAGCAACUAAAUCCACAACGUCGAAUAAGGCAAAUAUCGCCCACCCCGACAACCUUUUGCAAAAACCCUCACCAUCGUCAAUUGGCAAGUUGCUGCCCUCGCCAUUGUCAAGAUCGUUGACUGCAUCGGUGUCGUCGUUUCCAGCGAGCUCGAAUGAAAAAUUUGCACCAUCAACUAAAUGUUCGCAAACAGUUCCACUAUCCAGAAACACAAACAAAUAUGUGGGUGGCAUCGUAGUCGAUAAGUCGAUAAAUAAUUCAGCGACAUUAUCCAAUAUUGGUAGAAAGUAUCCACAACAGCCUAGCGAACAUAAAAAUCAACAACAAAUUCAAAUAUCAAAUUUUGAAGAACAAUCUGUGAAUAGCGGUCCCACCAGUAAAGUUGCUUCUGCGCCGACCAAAUCACCCUCGUCACUAUCACCAUCGUUAUCAUCAUCUUCAUCUGCAUCUGCAUCUGCACUUACCGCACCAUUUAGCUGUAAUAGCGAAAGCGGCCAGAAGAGUAAUACAUUAACACUAUCCACCUUUGCUGGGUUUUCAAAAGGAGGUAAUCUCGUCUCGUCAUUUACAAAGUCCCUCAUACCCUCAGGCGCAUCCGCUGGUUCCUCAAAUCUUACCACCGCAUUAGAAACCGAUUCGCUAUCGAAUUUAUCAAAUCAAUCCGCAAGCGGCAUGUCAUCCCAAUCCAGUGGAAGCAGCAGUAAUAACAGUAGUGUGGGCGGUGGAGCCGGGGGAGGUCAAGGUGGCUCCCAAGGUAUUGGAGGCUCUGGUGGUGGGAAAUCGAAUGCGAAAAUGUCCAUUGAUCAUCAGGCGACGCUAGACAAGGGACUUAAAAUGAAAAUUAAACGGACUAAGCCUGGAACCAAGACUUCCGAAGCAAAGCAUGAAAUUGUUAAAGCUACAGAACAACAACAGCAGCAACAGAAUGGUUCUUUAGGCGUUAAUAAUUCUAGUAACUUAGAUGAGAAUAGUGGACUCAAUACUACCUCGCAUUCAUCGUCGUCAUCAGGUGGCGCGAGUGGCUCAGGUGGAUCCAAUCAAAAUACGGGAAGUAGCGCUGGCGGCUCAGGAUCAAAUGUUAGCAGCAUAAGCGGCAGCAAUAAAAAACAUCUUAGCAAUAUUUCCAGUAGUAGUAGUGGUAGCCAAGGAAAUAGUCACAAUAGUAUAAACAGUAAUAGCCCGGCCUCUGGAGGUGGGUCCACCGGUACCGGGAGUAGCGGUCAAGUAACUCCUCAGAGUAACAAGCGUGGUAGCUCAGGUCACAGACGAGAAAAAGCUAAAGAAAAAACUACACAUUCCAAUCGUCUCACAGCAGAGAAGAAUGCUUCUGCUGCUUCUGAAAAAGAAGGCUUGCCUGGUCAUAGCGACAAGGGCAUGACAUGCCAUUGCAUCAUUGAUGCCACUAGCGGGAGUGCGACUGGUGCUUGCAGUAGCCAUGCAUGCUCUCGUCGUUCGGAGAGUGCAACCAAUUCAUCCAUUACAGUUUUGACACAGCAGCGCAUAUGCAACACGACUGGAAAUAGCAAUUCUACAUCUGGAUCUGUGCCACCAGGUGUAUUCACGCCAUCGCUUGGCUCACCCGCCGGUGUGGUGACAACAGCUGCAGCAACAGCAGCAUCUUUGCUCGCAGCCACAUCUGUAGCAUCGGCAACUGCACCGCAGGCAAUUGGCAGCAACAGCGCGCCAAACGCGCCUGGUCCACCGGGCAAGGACUCGACUAAUUGUGGUAACAUCAAAAUCUCUUCACACAUUGCAGCGCAAUUGGCUGCAGCAGCGGCUUCGACUUCUUUUAGCAAUAGUGUACCAAACACGCAUGCAAACAGCUUGAGCGGAAGCAGCGAGAGUAAGUCAAGCACUUCAAUGGUUCCUGUUGCGCAAGCAAAACUUAUGGCUCCAGGUGUGAUCUCAGCGACCGUGCACCACACAAUUUCAGUUCCCGCGAACUCUUCCACUAGUACAACAACGGCAUCAUCUAGUAAUAGUAGCACAUCUAACAAUAAUUUAGUAGCUGAAGAUGGUAUAAAAUCUCCUCCCGCCAAGCGGGCAAAACAUGGCAACACUGACACUUCCCAUGCACCUGGUACUUCAACCAAGGAAAUGGUUGACAUCUGUAUUGGCACCUCAGUCGGAACUAUCACAGAACCAGAUUGCUUGGGUCCUUGUGAACCGGGAACUUCCGUAACGCUUGAGGGAAUCGUUUGGCACGAAACCGAAGGCGGCGUCCUAGUUGUGAAUGUUACUUGGCGCGGCAAGACUUAUGUCGGAACUUUGCUUGACUGCACACGACACGAUUGGGCUCCACCCAGAUUCUGUGAUUCGCCAACUGAAGAACUGGAUUCUCGAACUCCGAAAGGUCGUGGAAAGCGCGGAAGGAGUGCUGCGCUUACACCGGAUUUAAGUAAUUUUACCGAAACUAGAAGUUCUGUGCAUUCAAAAUUGAGGAAUGGUACAACGAAAGGUGGUCGUGGUGCUUCGCGAACAGCGAUUAGUGCCACAAGUACUGCAAAUACUACAACAAUAACCAGUAGCUCAUCAUCUGGUAACGGUGGGGGAGCUACGCCCAGUACAUCACCAACAGCAUUUUUACCUCCACGUUCUGAGAAGCGGAAAUCAAAAGAUGAGUCGCCGUCGCCUAUUAACGGCGAUUCUGAAUGUCCUACUAAUGUAGCGAACGCCAGUGGUAUUCCGAUCUCUGCAAGUGGCGGUGGCCUAGCUACGCAGCCCCAAAGCCUCGUCAACCCCGUGACUGGUCUUAAUGUACAAAUAAGCACGAAGAAAUGUAAGACUGCAUCGCCGUGCGCCAUUUCGCCGGUACUACUCGAGUGUCCAGAACAAGAUUGCAGCAAGAAGUAUAAACAUGCAAACGGACUUCGUUACCAUCAAUCCCAUUUGUCAACAAAAAACGCACCGGGUUUUGUAGCGGUAAAACAAAAAAAAUGUCGAAAAUCUCCCGGUCCUGUGGAAUAUGAUGGCGCUGUUACCAGGGACAACGUUCAAAGUCCUGCAUACAGUGACAUUUCAGAUGACUCAACACCAGUUGGAGAACAGGAUAUCUUAGAUAAGUCACAUCCUAAGCAUUUAGAUUUACCAACCAAAAAGCCAUCUGAUCUUGGUGCUGUGGGUAUCGGAAGUGGAUCGCAAGCAAUUCCACCAUUGGGUGGAUAUGGAAUGUAUCAAUUUUAUCAGCAGCAGCAAUAUUUGGUGCCCCCUCCUUCUUCCGAUCAGCAACCUUCGCAGAAUCCUAAGCAAGGAUUGCUGCCUUCCACUCUCGUACAGGCACCAUUAACGCUUCCCUCUUCGCAGUCCCAACAACAAAGCUCGAUGCAAUCAUCGCUUCUUAUGCAGCAGCAGCAGCAGCAGCAACAACAACACCAACAACAGCAACAGCAAUCGCCUUUAUUGGCAGACUAUAACAAAAGCAAAGAUCCGCCGUUAGACUUGAUUUCAAAGUCAUCGCAGCAACAGCAACAAGUUGUUGGACAUCAACCACAAAUGCAGAGCCAAGAUGGUGCUGGCAAUCAAAAGGACAACAACACUUCGGGCCAACCCCCACAGGCAUCAGCAAAUUUGGGCAACGUUGGGCCACCGAAUAAUGGCUUGCCACCAGGCAUGGGAGCUAUGCAAUCGUUAGGAUCAUCAGGCGUUGGACCAGGCAGCUUGCCAACACCGUCGCCUGCUAAACCGUUAUCCCACUUUUACCCCUUUAAUUACAUGGCCCCAGGUUAUCCUUACAAUGUAGAACCCAAUUACGGGCCUGUGUCAAUAGUGGCGUCCGAUGACGCCGUAAAAUUGGGAAACCAUGGAAACUUACCAAGCUCACAACCACAAAACACAGGUCCUCCGCAUUCGAGUGCGAGCGUCGUUAAAGAUGAGCGUUUAAAGGAAAGUCCCAGUCCCCAUGAAUGUUCUAAACAAAUGCCUCAGCAGCAACAAAUGGUUUCGUCAAAACUCAUCAAAAGCGAACCAAUGGCAAAGCAGGAGAUAAAGCAAGAACACAAUCCUAAUGCUCAAUCUCAACAGCAACAACAACAACCGCCCCAGCAACAACAACAACAACAACAACCCCAGCAACCGCACGCAUUACAUCCGAAAGACUUACAAGGAUUGGGAACAUAUCCAAAUAUAUAUCAACGGCAUCCAAUGUCUUUAGCCGCCCAACAGCACUUAUCUCGCGAGGAAGAAUUAAGAAGAUAUUACAUUCUUUCAGACGAACAGCGACGACAAAAUGCCGUUGCCGCUUUACGAGCAGUUCAAGCGCAGAAUCCUUCCAACAACGGGCCACCUGGAUCUCUGCAAAAUCAAGUGCUGACGCAACAUAAGGAAGAUACCACCUCUUCAGCACAGCACCAACAACAGAUGGCAAUGGUGCAACAACAGCAGCAACAUCAACAGUCUCAAAAAUCGAAAUCGCAGUCUUGCUCCACCAGUUCUAAUGUGAAUGCAGGUAGUGGCAAAGCAACAAAUUUGACGAAAGAGGUGUCUAAACAAAAACAAGAAGAAGACGUGAAAAUCAAACAGGAGGGACAGAAACCAACAAUGGAAACUCAAGGACCACCACCCCCACCCACAUCACAAUACUUUCUACAUCCUUCCUAUAUUGCGCCAGCACCCUUUAGCUUCGAUCCGAAUCAUCCCAUGUACCGCAAUGUAUUAAUGUCAGCAGCUGGGCCGUACAAUACUGCGCCCUACCACCUGCCCAUACCUAGAUAUCAUGCGCCUGAGGAUUUGUCACGAAACACCGGAACAAAAGCGUUGGACGCACUUCACCAUGCAGCCAGUCAAUAUUACACCACACACAAAAUACACGAAUUAAGUGAGCGUGCAUUGAAAUCGCCCACAAGCGGUAGCAAUAGUGGCCUUGGGGGUGCGGUCAAAGUCAGCGUAUCUAGUCCAAACGUGGGCAUACAGCAACAGCAGCAGCAGCAGCAGGCCAUGAAUUCCGGCGGUGUAACUGGCCCGGGCAGUGGCCCAAAUGCCGGACAAAAUGCGCCCAAUAGCGGUAGCCACUUAUCUGGCGCAAAUCAGUCUUCUGGUGGCAGCGGAAUUCCGCUAAAUCUACAGCCUCCGCCGACUGGAAUGAGUGGUCCUACAAAUAAAUCUGAUGUACUAAACCAAAAGGUGUUGAGUGGUCCGGGAAGUCAGGGCGGCAAUUUAACAGGAGGCCCUCUUAGUAUCGACUCACAUAAGCAACAGAGUGGCACAAGUGGACCGAACAGCGGCGGUAAUAUCGGCGGUGGUGGCGCUCCUGGGCCAAAUGGCGCCACCACAGAUUCACGCAGCCCACCGCCGCAGCGGCAUGUACACACCCACCACCACACUCACGUCGGCCUGGGUUACCCGAUGUACACAGCACCCUAUGGUGCUGCAGUAUUGGCAAGUCAGCAAGCUGCUGCCGUAGCUGUGAUAAACCCUUUCCCUCCUGGACCAACCAAAUGAGAAACACAGAAUGAGAAGAAUUCAUACAACAUGAAAACAUAAUGAAUUUAUGUUCAGAAAAUCGCAAACCUAUUGCAAGUGAAUUCAUGGAAUUUAUCUUAUAACAACUAUUUACUGUAAGAUAAGUCCAACAUGAAUCAAAAUUACCGAAAUAUUAAUCACUGCGAACGCGAGAAGCAAAGAAACCCAACUAACAUGGUAGUAUAGAAUUGUAUUUUAAGGAUUUAAGGAACCUGCGAAUUAACAUUAUCGGCAUGCGUUUGAGAUGUAUUGUAGUGAUUGUCUGAUUAAUUACUUAUAGCCUUCAACUGGAAGGAAGGAAUGUGUUUAUGCUACAGCUGUUGCAACAACAAUGUAAUGUAUUUAUAACAGUACAAGAAGGUCCAGUAGACAACAGGCAAGUAGUGAUAAUCGGUCGGCAGGGGCAGGGUGGGGCGCAAGGUGUGAAUUCGUUAACUAAUUUAAAACAGUUUAAUGGCAUAGGUUGCAUUAUCAAUUGAAAUUGAAGAAUGCUGCUCUUAAGUAACUAAUAGUAUCAUAAAAUCUAAUUGCAAUUAAAAGAGUUAAUAUGAAAAUCAGAGAUCACAAAUAACAGUUAACCCCCGAGAAAAAUACUCUUUACAGUGCGAUGCGCAUUCUUUUAUUUUACAGUUGACAACUGGCAUUUAUUUUCGCAAUUGCAAUUUUAUCUCUCGCCUGGUGAGAUUUAUAAAUGCGAUACAUUUUCAGUGGUCACGUUUUAAUUAUUUGCAAAGGCAAAUAAAUUUCGGUUGUGCAAUAUGGCCGACAUUGUGGACUAAUAUUCGCCCUUUCGAUGAUUUACUUACUAUUUUGUGCAAAAAUUCCGACUCAUUUUGCUGGUUCUUUAUUAAGUGAAAGUAAAUGUAUUGAUUUAAAUUAAAUGCUUCUGAACUAUUCGAGUUUUCUCGAGACCUCAUGAGUUUAUCGGGCCCGCUCAGGAUUUUCGGGAACUUAUGGGAAUUUUUCAGGCUUUCGGAUUUUUUCGUUAUUUUUGGAAACCUUUUCCGGAUGCUUUAUUUUUCAUGCUGUUGACUGUGUAAAUGCAGUUCCAAAAGAAACCCAUUCCCAAUACCUUUUUAGUGCCAAGAUGAUUUCAAGGUUGAAGGAGGAACACGCUACACACAAAAUACACAAAUUUUCCAAAUAUUUCAAUUUGAUGUUCGACAAAACAAACCAUUCGCCAACGGUAAUAGAAAAUCAUUGUCCACUCACCAAGUCGUGCGAAUGGAAAAAAUCCUUUCGACCCGCGAAGAAUUUUGUGAAUACUUGAACGUGAUAAGCGUUAUUUGUGAACUCUGAUAAAAAUACAUAUUUACUACCUAUAUAAAAGGAUGCAAAUUUGCGAUAAAUCUCUGAAAUCAAGAAGUUUGAUAAUUAGAUAUAAAUAUUAACAAAAAACACUAAACAUAUACCUAUAUACAUAUAUAAAAAAAAAUCUAGAACAAUGUAAUUUAAUUAUUUCACAGUUAUCGAUAUAACUUUUAAAAUAAGCCAACGCAUAUGGGCAUUCCUUUAGAUAUCAAAUUAAUCCUGCUCAACCGGAAGAUGGAUUUAAACGAAAACAGAAACGAAAUACGCGCAUUUGUUGAGCAGAUCCCCAAGGCGGCUAAAGUCAAUUUAAAUUAUAACCUCGUACUCAAUUUAUCAAAGAAAAGUUUUACACUGCUUGCGUUUACACCAUCUUCACCUCUCGCAAAUAAAAAAAAAAAAAAAUCGGAACCUAAGUGUUUGUUUUUUAAAUUCCGCCCAUCGAAUCCUCGAAUACAAAAAACUGCAAAACUUGUUUACGCCAUCUUAACUUUUUUGUCCCGAUUGAUUGAUUUGCGAUGUAUUUCAUGUUGCAUUUGGUUUGAAUUUAUUCUUAUUGCUUUUUUGCCACUACACAAAAAGAAGCUAUAUUUGAAUUUGUAUUAUCUACUUACGUAUGUAGUCAAGUGUGUAGCUAAGGGUUUGCAAAUCAUAUUUUCGCUUAGCGAUGGAAACAUCCUCAAUUAUGCGAUCACUGAAUACAAAAACACCCAAAUAUUUGACUAAAAGUACUCAUAGCUGUAUAUUAAUACAGAUAUAGGAUAUACUAUACAUAUUAUAGAAAACCUUUACUCGUUUUAGAGCUUAUACAUAAAUUGAUAUGCGAUAGUUUAGAUUUACCUGUGUAUGUAUACAUAUGUAUAUAUGUGUAUGUGUAGCUGCUCUAUAUUUUGUAUUUUAUAUUUUUUAUUUUUUGCAUAAAUGUUAUUUUUCAAAAACCCUGUGUAUUAUAAAUACUAACUAAGAGAUGCUACACAACGGGGCAAGAGCAUAGGGCCUAUUUAAAAUGAUAAAACUUAUUGAGAGUACAUAACAGUAACAUAAAUCAAUGUUUUCCAUAAAACAAAGGUUUACAUUGUUUUUGGUGCCUAACACCGGUCUUUCUCACCUGCUUUCAUUUACCAAAUGAAGUGUCAGUGAUUUUAAAUACACUAACAUUUUUGAAUUCUUUUUUUUUUUUUUUUUGUAAUUAGUCUCCACAACACUCUCAUACCAAUGCUUAUAAAUGUAUAAUAUAUUACUAUAAGGACACAUUCUACAAUUUAGAAAUCUAACUCGAUUUGUGUAGUGAAUAAAUGUUAAGAUAAAAAUAUAUAUUCUACGGAAAUUAUCCGCAUAUUGUAUGAACAUACACAUAUGUCUAACUAAACAUUAAGUUAUUGUGAAAGAGUUCAAGCACAUUUAUGGACCUAAAUUUUAAGCAUAAACAAUACCCUAAGAUUCGUUAUACAUGUUAAUCAAAGCGACGGACAGAAGAAAAGGGCUUCAAACGCUAAAGUAAUAUAGGAGUAUAGUUUUCAACAAAAAAAAAAGAACAAAAACAAAAAAAUUAAUAAACGUAUUUAUUUAAGCAAAAAAUAUAAUUACAUAAAAAGAACCCACAAUUCUGCGACAGUUCAUUGAUAAGUAAAUCAAUAAUGGUAGAACAUAAGUAACACUACAUAUACAUUAAUGCAAAACAAAAACAAAAUAUAUAUAUAUAAAAGAAAUAAAUUUUUUAUUAUAGUCAAAAA